AUGGCUGCCGGCGGCGGUGGCGGCAGAGCAGCUAAGAGCACCACCAAAGGCAAGGCCAAAAACAAGAAACGACACAACAAGAAGCCCCUCAGUCAACACCACCUCGUAAGUCUCGUAGCCACCGCCACCUCACUGGCCCACUCCUUCCUCUCUCAAAAUGACCUUCUCCUUCUGCCCUCCCAAACCCUAACCCUAGAAACCCUUCUCUCCUCCACCUCCACCUCACUCUCCACCCUCCUCUGCUUCCCGAACCCACCACCGCAACCACCACUACGGCCGCCACCACCACCACUAGAAUGCUGGUUCAGCCGCUUCCUCUCCGCCACCUCCGCCAGCAGAAACUUCGACUCACGGUGGUCCCACACCUUCCGCAUGUCCGAACACUCAUUCUCCAUCCUCCUCUCUCUCCUCUCCCCAUUUCUCAACUCCACAAUCCCUUCAAUUCCACCCAAUUUCGUUCUCGCUGCUGCAAUUUACCGUUUAGCCCACGGCGCGAGCUACAAGGCGGUGGGAAGGCGCUUCGGGCUCGACUCGGUGGAGGCCUGCCGAUCCUUUUUCGCCGUCUGUAAGGCGGUGAGCGAUAAAUUAGGUAACUUGUUCGAGUUCCGGUCUGAUAUAGCCCGGAUUGUGGGGGGUUUCGGGUGGAUUUCGCUGCCGAAUUGUUGUGGGGUUUUGGGGUUUGGGAGGUUUGGGGUUGGUGGUGAAGUGUUGGGGCCAAAUGGGUCUUUGUUGGUUCAGGCAUUGGUGGACUCUGAGGGGAGGUUCCUUGAUGUCUCGGCCGGAUGGCCCAGCGCCAUGAAACUCGAAUCCAUUUUCCGUCAGACUAAACUUUAUUUGGGUGUAGAGGAAUCUCGGGACUUGCUGAAUGGUCCUGUUUAUGAGCUUGGUAAUGGCAAGGCCAUUCCUCAAUACAUAUUGGGGGACUCUUGCUUCCCUCUUUUACCAUGGCUUUUAACACCUUAUAUAAGGUCGGAUGAGGCGGAUAGCUUUGGUUCAUUGGAGAAGGCGUUUAAUUCGGUACAUAGUCGCGCAAUGGGGUUGGUUGACACCGCAUUUGGGAGGGUUCGGGCUCGGUGGCAGCUUCUGUCUAGGCAGUGGAAGGAAGAGUGUGUCGAGUUUCUGCCAUUCGUUAUUGUUACAGGGUGUCUGCUGCAUAAUUUUCUCAUCAAGUGUAGCGAGCCCAUGCCAGAUGACAAUAUCAAGAGCUUAAGGGAGGAGGAGCUUCCUGUUUUCCAUGGACAGGUGGAUGAGAGUGGUGAGAGGAUGAGGGAUGUACUUGCCGCCCACCUGAGUCGGGUAAGCCUGAGAAGAUGA